AUGGAUAAGAGUUGGAUGGACGCUAAAAAGGGUUCUGAAGAAUACUUCCAUGGGCUUGACUCAUUUGUGGAGUUUGCUUCUCGCACAGCAUGUCAAGGGAAGAUCUCAUGUCCUUGUAGGAACUGUAGGCAUAGAUACAUUUUUGAUGUAGAGGUCGUGCGUGAUCACCUGUACUCAUUUGGGAUGGUGAAGAAUUAUAGAACUUGGGUGUUUAAUGGGGAAUUUGAGUCUACACCGACCACUACUGAAGGUGGAAGUAGUCGUGUGCAUGAGACUUUGGAUCAAUAUGGCGAUUUCCAUGGGAUGUUGCAUGACUUACACCCUAUGCAUGAUAUGGCACCGGAUUCAAUGGACGAAGGUCCUAGUGUACAGCAAGGUCCAGAUGGUCCUUCUGUGCAACAACCGGUUGAAGGUCCCAAUGAUGAUGCAAAAAAGUUUUACGACCGAAUACAAGAUGUGGAGAAACCUUUAUACGAAGGGUGUACAAAAUUUAGCAUAUUCUCAGCCAUUGUGGUUUUGUACCACUUAAAGACUCUUUGUGGUUGGACUAACAAAUCGUUCACUUUGUUGCUUCAAGUCUUGCAAGAUAUGUUUCCUUCGGAUGCUAAGUUGCCAAAAGAUUGCUAUGAGGCUAAGAAGAUAAUUACGGAUUUGGGUUUGGGUUAUGAGAAGAUUCAUGCUUGUCCUAAUGACUGCAUGCUUUAUUGGAAGGAGAAGAGUAACCUUGAUGCUUGCCCACAUUGUGAGGUAUCAAGAUGGAAACCACCCGAGUCGCCUGUAGCUGAUAAGACACAGGCUUCAUCAAGCAAAAGCAAGAAGAAAGCUGCAAAGGUCCUACAUUGGUUCCCUUUAAAGCCAAGAUUGCAACGACUCUUUCUAUCAUCCGAACUAGCCACUAAUAUGAAAUGGCAUGCUAUUGGUCGAACAAAUGAUGGGGUAAUGAGGCAUCCCGCUGAUUCUGAAGCUUGGAAAGAAUUUGAUGAUAAGCAUGUAGAGUUCGCAUCUGACCCCCGCAAUGUUAGACUUGGGUUAGCAGCGGAUGGGUUCAAUCCGUAUGGAAACAUGAGUACCACGCAUAGUACAUGGCCGGUUGUGUUGGUUCCAUACAACCUCCCUCCUUGGAUGUGCAUGAAAAGGUCUUCCUUGAUCUUGUCACUUGUAAUUCCUGGUCCUACCUCACCUGGGAUUGCUAUAGAUGUGUACCUACAGCCCUUGGUAGAAGAAUUGAGAGAGCUGUGGGAUGUUGGAGUCGAAUCAUUUGACGCAUCUUCUAAUACUAGAUUCCAAUUGCGUGUAGCACUAAUGUGGACCAUAAAUGAUUUUCCUGCAUACGCUGACAUUUCCGGUUGGAGUACAAAGGGUUUUCUUGCAUGUCCAUGUUGCAUGGAUGAUACCGAGUCCCACUACCUUAAACAUGGCCGGAAAGUUUGUUACAUGGGACAUAGGCGAUGGUUGGAUAACGAUCACGAGUUCCGUGAAGAUGAUAUAAAUUUUGAUGGGACUAAGGAGUUUAGAGUGGCUCCAGUGACACCAUCGGGCUCAAAGAUCAUGCAGCAAACAGAGAAGUUAGUUGGACGUUGUCUUGGGAAGAAACAUCAGGCUCUUUAUAACAAAAGAAAGAGGGGGGAGGAUGCGUGUGUCUGGAAAAAGAGAAGCAUUUUGUUCACCUUGCCCUAUUGGGCUGAUCAGAAGUUGCGUCACAAUAUUGAUGUGAUGCAUACAGAGAAGAAUGUGACUGAUAAUAUAAUGGCGACGUUGCUAGACUUGGAUGGCAAGACAAAGGACACCUACCAGGCACGCCUUGACUUAAAGGCCAUGGGUAUACGGAGUGAACUUCAUCUAGUCCAUAAAGGGGUUGAUACGGUUGAGAUGCCAGCAGCUUGUUAUAAUAUGACUACAAGUGAGAAAGACGGGUUCCUACAAGUUUUGAAGGAUAUAAGAGUGCCCGAUGGGUAUUCUUCGAAUAUCUCACGUCGUGUCCAUCUCAAAGAACGCAAGAUUUCUGGUUUAAAGAGCCAUGAUGACCACAUCUUGAUGCAACAACUCCUUCCAAUAGCUUUGCGCGGAUCAUUGCCGUCACAAGUAACAAGGCCUUUGAUCAAGUUAUCAUGUUAUUUCCGUGAAAUUUGUUCCAAAACAUUGACUGUGCCAGAUCUUGAAAACCUCGAGAAAGAUAUUGCAGUCACGUUGUGCGAAUUGGAGAAGAUAUUUCCUCCAUCAUUUUUCACAAUUAUGGUACAUGUAGUCAUGCAUUUGGCAAGGGAAGCGAAGCUUGGUGGACCAGUUCAUUAUCGUUGGAUGUAUCCUAUUGAGAGGUACCUAUCUCGACUGAAGUCUUACGUACGAAAUAAAGCCGCUCCAGAAGGAUCUAUAGCUCAGGGGUACAUAGUUGAAGAGUGCUUAACAUUCUGUUCAAGGUACAUGCAUGGCAUUGAAACAAUUUUCACGCGACCUAUCAGAAUGGUGGAAAAUUCUACCGGUGCAGUGUCUUACUUCACACCAAGUCAAACGGAAUUAAUUCAAGCUCAUCGUUACAUUCUUUUCAAUUGUGCCGACGUUGGACAUUUUCGCAAUAUGCACAAACAUGUGAUCGAGGAUGAACUAGGAAAGGCCCGCCGUCGUAUAACUGAUAAUGUCAUUCAUAAGCACCACAUGGAGAAGUUUUGUGGCUGGUUUAGAGAUCUUGUUAUGUCCAUGAGUGAUGCUGACAGGCAGAAACUUAGCGUUACUCUUAGUACAAUUGGUGCAUGUCCCUAUUCUAGAGCCAAGCGGAUGAAGCACUAUGUCACCAAUGGUUUAAAAUUUCGAACUAAAGAUUCGGAGAAGAAUAAGAAAACUCAAAACAGUGGAGUAAGUGUUGUGACUGACGGUGGCGUUGCUUACUAUGGUAUUGUAACAGAUAUUAUUGAGUUGAAUUAUUCAGAUAAAAUAAGACAUGUGCUAUUCAAAUGUAAAUGGGUUGACGUUCUUAGUAGCCGGGGGUACAAGAUUGAUGAGUUAGGGUUUCCACUUGUGAAUUUUACCCGCUUGAUACAUGUGGGGGAUGAACUGAUGGAUGAGCCAUAUGUAUUAGCAUCUGAAGCUUCACAAGUGUUUUAUGUAGAGGACAAGAGGGACAAAGAUUGGUUUGUAGUUGUUAAAACUAAAGCAAGGGAUGUGUUUGACGCGGGCAGUGGUCCCUUGUGUGAGGAUGAUGAUGGUGAUACUUAUUGCGAAAAUGUUCCCUACAAUAUCAGUGACAAUGUGGCUUCUGACAACAUUGGUUUGGCUCGACCUGAUGUCCAAGGAACCACAAUUGAUGCAAUGGUCAUUGAGGGGAACGAGAAGCAAGAUGGGGACUUCAUAGAUGAUAAUGACUUUAUUGAUGACGAAGUCAGCAAUGAGGAGUAUAGCGACGAUGAGUACAACGACGAUUAG